UACUCGUAGUUCUUCGAAGUUGUACAAGAGGGUACAUUUAGAGUUUUCAAAAUUUCCUGUAGCGAACAUGAAUUCUUCUUUUUAAGAAUUUUUAUUAUGUACAGUCACACGGAAUAUCGUUCCUCUACUAUAUAGAGCUUACGUCGUUUUGCGAUAAAGAAACGCAUGUCAGUCUAUACCUUACGUUCAUCAUGGAAACAUCACAAUUCCUUGCGUACGAAAGUACGUCUCAUGAUAAAUAUCACAAUGGGUUAUUAUCAGAAAAAGAUUUCGAAUGGGCAGUGAAGUUAAAUCGAUAUAGUCUAGUGGUAAUCGGACUUUGGCCUAAGUCCGAACAAACGACAUGGAAAAAGCGUGUGUGCAAUUUACAUGCGCUUUUCGUUUUCUCAAUAAUGCUAUUUGGUAUUGUGAUUCCCGGUAUACAUUCCAUGAUAAGAAUCCGUUUUGAUAUUUUACUACUGACAGAUAACUUGCAGUACACUUUACCAACUGUCAGCUGCGUCCUAAGAUACGCAAUUUUCUGGUGGAAAAAAGAAGCUGUCGCGCCGAUAGUAAAUAUGGUCGCGGAUGAUUGGAUGAAGGCAAAAACACCUCAAGAAGAAGCAACGAUGAUCGCAAGGGCACACAUUGCUCGCAUUAUUAUAAUAUUUGGGUACUGCAUAAUGGGAGUGAGCUGGGUUGUUGUAAAUAUUUUACCCAUAUUUGGCCACUCGGUGAGAUACCUGUCCAAUAUCACUGAUCUGGAGAGGCCGUUACCACUUCAGACAUAUUACAUCUACGACACGAGUAAAAGUCCACAAUACGAACUAACGUUCACUAUUCAAAGUACUGCCCUUGUCUUCAGCGCUAUGUGCUAUACAGGCAUUGACAAUUUUCUUAGUCUCUCGGUGUUUCAUAUCUCUGGUCAACUGGACAUUCUGAGGAAUCGUCUCAUGCAUUUGCAUAACGUCGAGCAUUAUAACGUUUUAAAAAAUUGUGUGAUGGAUCACAUCCGAGUAUUUAGAGCUAUUGACCAUAUAGAUGAUAUAUUCAACAUAAUAUUGAUGGUAUUGUUUCUAUAUUUUGGCAUUCUUUUCGCUUUUUAUGGUUUUUGGAUGAUAAAUAUGCUCGAAAGUGGCCAACACUUAUCGAUCUUUCACUUGGUAUAUAUUUUAAGCGUUUGUAUGAAUACGUUUGGUCACAUGUGCCUGUAUUGUGCUGUGGGUGAAAUGUUAACAACGCAGUGUGAUCGAAUCCAUUGUGCUGUGUAUUUCAAUGAAUGGUAUACUAUGGAUCCAAAAAGAGCUCGGAACUUAAUUCUUCUAACGAUAAGAACCCAUAAGCCUCUUUAUCUUAACAUUGGUAAAGUAUUUCCCUUGUCAAUGGCUACAUUUUGUAACUUAUUGAAAACGUCGGCCGGUUACAUAUCCGUGUUACUUACCACAAGAACUCAAUCGAAAAUGUAGAAUGAAUACGAAUAAUUUGAUAUUAGUUCUUGUUUGUAAAAAGUGGAUCCAAGAGUUGGUCAAAUAGUUUAAAAUAUA